AUGGGCGUGGCCGGUACAAUGCUUUGGAGUAACCCACCUCAGUUGGGACCAAUCACGGGGAUUGAACCGCAACCGAUUCAGCAAACUGCUACAGACGCGCGCGCAGAGGCUUCGCGGGACGCAGCUUUCACGACGGGCGAACGGGGACAGGAGGCCGCGCACGCGUAUCUCAGCGCGUGGGCGCCUCUGGUUGAGCGGAGAGGAAGUCACGGGCGUGAGGGCAGCGGAAGUCGCGGGCGUGAGGGCAGCGGAAGCCGCGGGCGGGAUGGUGGCGGAAGCAGCGGGCGGGAUGGUGGCGGAAGCCGGGGGGAGGUUGGCAGCGGAAGCCUCUGGCGGGACGGCAGUGCCGCAAGCUCACAGCAAGCGCGGCGGAUUGGAAUAGAGUCGAGCAGUUUGGGCGCCAGCAGGAACGAUGUGGUUCCCCCAGCAGCCUCCCGAAUGCUUCCGCUCUUCCCCCUUUCAUUUCCCGCCUCGGGUUCCGCGUUCCCCCCUCCCGUUCUCCCCGCAGAGGCUGCGUCUGCAGCAGCGCCGGACGCGCUGACAGCUCCAGUGGCGCUAGGGGGUGUUUCCCCGGGCUGGGAAGACUGGGCGGCAAUAGCGCUGAUGGCGGAAUUGGCUGGGGGAAUUGGCGGACAUUCCGUAAUACCCGCCUUUCCCGCGCAACCUCAGCUUAUAUCGGCUUCGUCAGCGCACAAAAGCGGAGCGGCGGCGGAUGAGUCCGCGCGGAACGCGCAGCGUCGGCGGGGUGGGCGGACUGGUGGCAGAGAGCGCUACGACUUGUGGCAAGGCCCGGCGUUUCUUACAGGUUCCGCUUCUGCUUCCGCCUCCGCUCCCGCCGUCGCUUCCGCUUCUGCCGCCGCUUCCGCUUCCGCCUCCGCCGCCGUCACCGCUUUUCCUAAUCAAGCACAUGGUCUGAACCUUAAGGCGCUGGGGUGGGAGAGAGGGGAAGGCGGAAGAUUCGGGGACCGUAGUGGCGGGGAUGAGCGCGAGGGAUUGGAGACGGCGCGGUCGCUCAAGCGGCGCUCAGUCUGGGAACCGUCACAACGGACUCAACCCUCUCAUCCCUCUCAACCGAGUCAUACCUCUCAACCGGCUCAACCGACCCAACAGACUCAACCCUCUCAUUCCUCUCAACCGCCUCUAUUGACGCAGGCGGAAGGCUUGAUAAGGCGGAGCCAGUCAGCUACCAGGGCGCAGGUUAGUCCGCCGCCAAGUUUGGUACGGAGCAAAAGCUCCAGCCGGCCCGCCCCUGGAUUAUCAAGUUACCCGCCUCUGAAGGCCCCUGGUCCGCCGGUCAGCAGGGCGCUAGGCAGCGCUGGUACCUCGCGUGGGGAGCGGAGCGAGGGGAGGCAUUCCGCGAGUCCGCGGGUUAGAGGGGGCGAGUUCAAGAUUCCGCAGCCCGGGUCGAGAUCAGGGUCCCGGUCGCUCUCCGCCUCUGCGCGCGGAGGCGUUCCUUCCUCCCCCGCGUCUGGUUCCGCCGGUGAGCAGGGGCUUCGGAAGGGGGAGCAGGGCGAUGGGCGCGGAACAGGGGGAGCGGGAAGCGGGAGCUCGAGCAGCAGGGGGAAGAGCGGUGGGUGGGGCAGCGGCGGGCGAGGGGAGGGGGAGUAUGGUCGGUCGUUCAUAGUGGAAGGUGCAAGGGGAGGUGGUGGUAUGGGCGGAAGGGCGCUAGCGGAAGGGGAUGGGCAUGGGCGCGCGGGCGUUUGGGGGAACGUCUGGGGAGGAGAAGGGGGAGGGAUGCCUGCGGGUGGAAGAGUAGCAGGCGGAACUGCGGAAGCUGGGGAAAGGAGGGAGUCUGGUAGAGGCCCAAGCACAGGGAAGGUUCCUAUUCACCCAAGCAGGACGACUGAUUACGUUCUAGAGUCAAGAAAACAACAGUCCAGCGGCUGCGCCUUUAGAAAAAGCAGCAGGAAGCGGCAGCUGGAGGAGCCGGGGGAGCAGGGGGCAGAGGGGACGCAGGUUGGGGAGGAGAGGCAGGGGGAGCAGGGGGCGGAGUUGCAGGGUCAGAAAUCGCCUGAGUCACGUGUGGAGCGGAGAAAGAGACCUGCGGGGACUCCUCCUGCGGGGACUCCGCUUGUUGGGACCCCUCUUGCAGGUACUCCGCCUGCUGGGACUCCCCUCGCGGGUACUCCGCCUGGGGGAACCCCUCCCGCGGGAAUUCCGCCCGGGGGACUGGCGUGGCGCCUGGAGGUGCCUGUGUCAUGCGGGUGGGAGGCGUUUGGCGAGGACGCGGACGGGGAGGAACAUGGGUACACAGGUGGGGGAGGAGGCGAAGGUGGGGCAGGGGCAGGGGCAGGAGCAGGGGCGGGGGCGGGGGCAGGGGCAGGGGCAGGGGCAGGGGCAGGGGCAGGGGCAGGGGCAGGGGCAGGGGCAGGGGCAGGGGCAGGGGCAGGGGCAGGGGCAGGGGCAGGGGCAGGGGCAGGGGCGGGGACAGGGAUGUCCGGUGGAGGUACAGAGUCUGAAAGCGCAGACACGGAGAAGCGCAGUAUUGUGCUAAGGGAGUGGAGUGGGAGUGGGGAGAGGGAGAGUGGUGGUUGUGGGAAAAGAGGGAAGGGUGAGAAAGGGGGGAGUGUGAGGGGGGAGAGCGCGAGGGGGAAGAGUGUGAGGGGGGAGAGCGCGAGGGGGAAGAGUGUGAGGGGGGAGACAGGAGGCGAGUGGGAAGCGUUUGUGCUUGAGAUGACACGUGACGCCUCUCUCCCAAGAUUCGUUGCAUCCGGUCCGAUCCUGGAUUCAUCCGGUCCUGUUUUGCAAACAUCCGUUGCUCUCACGACUCCUCCAACCCCUUCCUCUCCUGUUGCUGCUGUGCCCACUACCGCCACCACUACAAAACCCGACUUGCCCCGUCCUGCCGACCCAUCUCCUGCUCUCCAACUGGGUCACAGCACCCAUUUAAACCGCUCUGUGUGCCGACCAGGCGGCUUACAGACAGGCUUAGCGCGGCAGCAGAGGAAGGCAGUUGGUGGGUCGUUUGGAGGGUGGGUCAGGGCUGAUUCUCCUGAUGGUGGUUGUGAUUUCAUUGCUGAGGUAGCUGCUGCCGCUGCCACUGUUGCUGGUGAAGGUCCCGCUGCCGCUUCUCUUGGUGGUGGUGGUGCUGCUGCUGCUGCUGCUGCUGCUGCUGCUGCUGCUGCUGCUGCUAAUGCUCCUUCUCCCGAUCCUGAUCCUGCUUUCCCCGCUGCUGAUUCUGCGGCUCCCUCCAGUCCCCAGCGUCCAAGCCCUCAGCUUCCACCUCCUUCCUCCCCACCUCCUCCUCCAUUAGCUGACCCCAACCAACUACCUCUCGUCCGCACUGACCCCCAAUUCCCGCCUCCUCCCAUCCCCCUCAAUAGUCCCCUCUCCCCACCUGCUCCCCUUCCCUCUCCUAGGCCCUGUUCUCUCAGCUGGUCGCAGCACUCUGCCAACGUGGCAGCUAUCAGAUCGUGGCUUCAAGAUGCUGCCACGUGGCGUGAGCUCAUUGGCCAGCAGGAGCGUGACCUGGGUUUGGCUGGAUGGGUGGAGGGGGAGGUGGAGGAGGAGGGGAUGGAGGAGGAGGAGAGGGAGGAGGAGGAGAGGGAGGAAGUGGGGGAGGAGCAGGAGGAGGAGGUAGAGGAUGCGGAGAGGGAGGACGAGAAGGGGGAAGGCGAGAGGAGGGAGGAGAGUAGACAGGAGAAAGGAGGGAAGCACGGAGAGCAGCUGGAUUUGGUUGAUUCCACCAGGAAAAUUGGCACCUUGAUGCUGCAGGGGAUGCAUGAGAGAGGGGGGCGGCUGGAGGGACUUUUUGAGAAUUCUAAAAAAAUCCCUGCAAUUGGCACCUUGAUGCUGCAGGGUAUGCAUGAGAGGGGGGCGCGGCUGGAAGCUUCUCGGUGCAUGUUCUGUGGGGCAGCGGGCCACACUGUGCUGAGCCACUGGGCGGCAGACUGCGCAGUGCUGAUGGAAGAACGGAACCUAUUGCCCUUCGGGCCUGAGGAGGAACGUGCUGUGGAUGUGUGCUCUCUCUCUGCUCUUCCUGCCGCUGCUCCCCUGCCUCUGCUCCCUGCUGCGCCUUCCUUUCAUGCUAUGUGUGACGCUGCUACUGCUGGCACUGCUGCUGUGGGUGGUGCUGCCGCCGCCACUGCGGGCUGUGUACGUACGGCGGCAGCAGGAGCAGCAGCACCAGCAGCAGCCGCUGCAGCAGGAACAGAAGUAACAGCAGCAGCCGCAGCAGCAGGAACAGAAGUAACAGCAGCAGCCGCAGCAGCAGCAACAGCAGCAGCAGCAGCAGAAGCAGCAGCAACAGCAGCACCAGCACCAGCAGCAGCAGCAGCAGCAGCCGGAGCAGCAGCAGCAGCGGCAGCAGCAGCUGUCAUGGAUUUUGAGACGAUACCAGUAAACCAUCAAGCACCAGAGGCAGCUGCCACUGCACCUCCCACUCUCUCUCCCAACACCCCUCCUCCCCCUCAUGCUCCCCCCCCUCUCACCCCUCGCCCCCCUACCUCUCCACCCCCUCAUGCUCUCGGCCUCACAGCAGAAGCCACCCAGCACCCAGAGCAAGGCUUCCAUGCCUGUGGACCUCUUGCCUUGGAUUCAGGUUCGGCAGCAGCCCCGGUGCCAGGUCCGGCACCAGAUUCGGUGUAUGACUGGGCGUGGCUGCUCACAGCCAGGCAGCCGGCUCAGACGCACGAAGCUCGACAGCAGGCUCGGCAGCAGAGGGCCCCAAGUGGGGAGGCACGGGAUUGGGAGGCACGGGAUUGGGAGGCUGUGGAAGGGGCUCGCCUGUCCAGGAGAGACUUUCAGAGGUGGCAGGCGCAGGGGGAGCUGUCAGCACAGGCAACGGGGUGCUUCCUGCGGUUGAGGCUGGGCAGGAAGGGCGAGCACAUGGGCGGCACGGGGUACUGCAUGGGACGAAUCACAGCUAUUGCCAGCAUGAGCAAGAAACCACCCGCAACAGGCACAUGGGCAGGAGAGGAGGAUGGUGUAGGGGCAGCCAAAGGAGACUUAGCAAGGGCAGCAGCACAUGAUGUGGAGCUGUCUUCGUGUGUGGACUCCUCGCCGCUUGCUCUCGUGGUGGACCUGGGCGAUCGAGAGUACACUGUGGAUGCCCAAUUUAUUUCCAACAAGCCAUUUCUCGAGGUGGAGGUUUCGGAUUGGUGCGAAAAGAUGUCGAGGCGUGGCGGGAGUGUGCGAGGAGAGGGACGCCUUAGAGGACCUGCUACUGCAGGAGCAGCUCUUUUUGGGUCGCCUGAAAAGCAGGUGGAGGAGGCGAGGGCGCAGGCAGCAGCGCUGGAGAUGGAGCUGCAAGCCAUGGCCUCCCGCUGCGAGGAGUGGAAGCGCAGGGCGGGCGAGCGGGCAGCGGAGAUGAAUCCAGCGUUGGUGCAGGCGCUGCUGGAGGAGCGACUGGAGGAGCUCGACGACUCUGGCGUGCUCGCGCUGCAGGUGGAGUGCGCUCGUCUGCGCGACGAGCUGGCCAAAUCCGAGGUGCUGCGCUUUGAGCUCUACCGCAGCCUGGAGCAGGGCGCAGUGGAGGUGGAGAGCCGGUGGGAGUCAGAGGCUUCAGGCAUGUCCCCUGCGAGACAAGGGAGCUCCAAAAGCAGAGACGCGGAGAGCAAUGGCAGUGCGGAAGAUGCACCAGCGCGAUCAACCACCCCUGUCACGAUGGAGUGUGACGAGUCGGUGGUGCAGGAGCUACUGGAGCUGGGGCAGGCGUCACUCACCCAGGAGGACGUUACACGCCUCACAGAGGCAGUGGAGGCAGCAGAGCGGCGGGCAGAGAAGGCGGAGAGGGAGGCGGAGCAGAGAGCAGUGCAGGUGCAGCUGCUGGAGGCGAAGAUGGCUGCCAUGCUGGUAUUCGGUGCUGAGCGAACUCCAGCCCAACGGACGAGCACAAGCGCUCGCCUUCCCUCGUCUCCUCGUCGCCCAUCUCCGUCCGCCUCUCCCCCGUGGCCUCCUCCUCCUCCCCUGACCCCGCCUCCCUCACUCGCUCCAGCAGCGGCAGUGCCACUUCUCAGCACAGCCAGCAGCGAGGGGCACACAGUCGAGUUGAAAGGGAGCAAAUAUCAGAGUUGA